AUGAAGUGCCUCAUGCUGAGCAAAGGCCUCUUCUCACACAGAGAAGAUAAUGAUGAUAAACAUAAAAACGAUAUUACCAAUAAACCAGCUAGUUGGUACGACAACGGGACGAAGUCGGGUAUGACACGUUUUGUAAAAAACAGUGAAACAUACAAAGAUGAUACAUAUUCAUCCGAAGAAAUUUCUAGUGAUUCAAUCGAUUCAAAAAUUAGAGAAUUCCUUAAUAAUCUUACUAACAAUUACAUAGAAUUUAGAAAUGAAAACAAAAUAACUGAUUCAAAUAGCAACGAGAAGAAAAAACAUAUGGAUACGAAGGAUGAAACUAAAAUUAUUGAAAGGCAGAAAGAUAAACAUGGUAAAAGUGAAACUCAAAUCUCAGAAAAAGACAACUCGAAUCAGAACAGUGAUAGAAAUCACAAAAAUCAGAAAGAACACAAUGAAAAAAUCUUUUACGAAAGAUCUCGCAUCACGGAGGGAAAGCAUAGAGACCGUGAUGAAAAAAGUAAUUCUAAGCCAAAGAAAAAUAAAAAAAAGAUACAUCAUGAAAUAAAAUACAGUAAAAAUGACAUAACUUCUACUGAGGACCGCAAGAAAGAUAUUAAAUCUAACAUAAAUAUAAAAAGGAAUAAAAUUAAAAGCGAGAUUCAUAGUAAACAUACUACAACUGGUACUACAAAGAAAACAAAAUUAAACAAAUUACGUCAAGAAUCACUCCCAAGCCGCGUUUGGAACACUGUGAAGGAAUGGUCCACCCCGAAUCCAUCGAAAUUAAGAACACACAGAAAGAAAGACAAGAUAGCACUGAGAUCAACAAGAAUGCCACCUAUGGCACUGAACCAAUUUGAUGAUUCAGUGAAAAAAAUAAACAAUGCACAAAGAUCUAAAUAUGAGUCGCCCCCUAAUACACUCAGUCCAUACGCCAUAAUGACACAAAUGAAAAUGGUGAUGGACUGUUUCCCUUCCGCGAACUCAACAUUCGAAAUUAUUGGUCGGACUGCUGAAUAUAAUGACAUUGUUAUUGUCAAAAUUACUGAUAGAAAACAAAGAUAUUUCCGAGUUGAAGAGAGCAAAUAUGUAGACGAAGUUCCAGAGAAGAAGAUCAUAUUUAUAGUCCAUGGGUUGAGCGUCAUGGGGAUGGCUGCGAUGGAACAUCUCUCCUCUGUAGAAGAAUUGAAGAUACUCAUGUCAUACUAUUUAAAUCAUUUAGAUAAAUUUGACAUUUUCUUGAUACCAUUGGCCAAUCCUGACGGAUACUCCCUUACUCAUAACGAAAAUGGUAUGAUGUGGAACAAGAAUGCGUCGCCUCAAGAGGCUUGCCGUGGAGUGUACUUGGAUCGUAAUUUUGACGUGGCGUGGAAUUCCUCUCGUCCAAUCAGUUCUUGCAGCCAGCUGUACCCAGGUCCAGCGCCAUUCUCUGAAGUAGAAACAAAUGCUAUCCGGAAUAUUUUCCACUAUUUUGGCCAUAAAAUCUUAGCAUACAUCAAUGUGCAUUCGGGAACAUAUGAUAGCAAAGUCUUUAAGGGUGAUGCCAUCUUAUUCCCUUAUGGGUAUACAGAAACGCAAUUUGAUGACGACAAAUAUAUUGACCUGAAAGGAGAGGUUGACGAGGCUAUGAAGAAUGCUAGCUUCCGAGUAAUGUCAGUAGCUGUUGAGUCCCUGUACAACUGGUAUGGAAGGAUAUCAGGGUCGAGUGUGGACUACGCAGCUGCGGUUUACGGCAUCCCUUAUGCGUUUGAGUUUGUGAUGCAGCUGUACCAGCAGGAGGGGUCAGGGUAUCCGAUACAGCACUACGCCCUCACCGAGAUCUGGAGCCGUCUCAUAAACACAGUCUUUAACAACAUGUGGAAGAGCCUGCGUAUGGGCGAUACGAAAAAAUAA